CGAGGGGGAGGAGCGAAGCAGUGGAGAUAGCUAGCAACGCAGUGAGGCGCGCGCGCGACCACGCCACGCCACGCCACCACGGGAGAGAGAGUUAGCUAGGGAAGAAGAGAUUGAAGGCUUGCCGGUUGAGGGAGAGCGAGAUGGCCGGUGGCGCCGCCGGCGGUGGGAGGAGCGGGGCGGCGACGAGGAGGUACAGCAGGUCCAAGGUGCCCAGGCUGAGGUGGACCAGCGAGCUCCACCACAGCUUCGUCCGAGCCGUCGACUGCCUCGGUGGGCAAGACAAAGCUACUCCUAAGCUCAUUCUCCAGCUCAUGGACGUUAGAGGGCUCACCAUUGCUCAUGUCAAGAGCCACCUUCAGAUGUACAGAAGUUCAUGGCAUGAUACUGGAAAGAAAGAGAUGAUGCAGCCACAGCUAGUACAUCUGAAGCACUCAUUCACCGUUGAUGAGGGAGGCCCCAAAGAGUUCAUGUGCCCACCCAUGAAAAGGGCAAAGGUAGGGACAGAAGUCACAGAAGCUGCAGCCACACUCGAAAGCAUGCAGGGGAACAGUGACAUGGGGGCUCUUGGCACCGCGCACUGCGGCGAUGAUUACAUGCAAGCAAUGGCCAUGGGUAGGAGGAGGAUAAGCGAGGGCCUCGGAUGGCAGAGGGAUGCUGUUGCUUCUACCCUGCAAGAACUGGGAUUCUGGGUGCGAGGAUCUGAGCCUUUCAAGGUACACCAGAUUAGCAGGCCCAUACCAGAUCAUCUCAGCCCUGUGAUGAGGCAGCUAUAUUCCAAGGACAUCAACUUUGAAAACAGACGCUUCCUGUUCAGCAGCGCAACUAGAGGUGAAGCAGCCAGUGUCUCCUCCUGGCCCAGUGAAGGCAGCUGCGUCCUCUCGUCGCCGUCGUCGAUGAGCUUCAGUGGAUGCUCGGGACCGUCAGGCGGCUGCUUUGCCGGACAGAGACUUAACCUGGACCUUUCCCUUUCAAUAUGUGGAUCAUGACUUAAUCAUUGUGCUGAGUAUUGUAGAUGAGUCUCAUCCAUGUUGCCUGUCGCUUGUAUUUCAU